UUCACUCCCCAUUUGAACGUCCCUCAGCCGUUGAAGGCCCCCUGCGCCCGCUCAGCCUGUCUUCUACAAAUCCUGACUAUUUAUAUGACACUGUUCUGGAGUUAAUACCAACCAUUCUCAUGUCCUGAUAUAUUUUUAGACGUUUUCAGCUCUUUAGCUCUCUCUGAAAAAUCCCCGCCUUGCGGUCGUUACUAUCGGGCGCGCUCUAGACAGCCCCGGGGGUCAAGGAAGAGGCGGAGCGUGCGCUGAGUACAGAAGGAAGAGGACCCAGAACCAACAUGGCGGAGGCAGAAAUUGUGGAAGGUUGUCGGCUUCCUGUCCUCCGCAAGAACCAAGACAAUGAAGUGGAGUGGCCUCUAGCAGAAAUCCUGAGCGUCAAAGAUCUGACUGCAAAGAAACUGUUCUAUGUUCACUAUAUAGACUUCAAUAAGCGAUUGGAUGAGUGGGUCACCCAUGAUCGCUUAGACUUGAAAAAGAUUCAAUUUCCGAAAAAAGAAGCAAAGACUCCAACAAAGAAUGGGCUGUCUGGAUCUAGACCGAGCUCACCGGAGAGGGAAGUGGACGGGUUUCCAGCAACUGGAUGUAAACAAGAGGUUCUCCAUGCACUGACAGCAAGCAGGGAUCUUGAACCGAGGAAGAUUCCUGAACUCAUCCUACCUCCAGCUGCAGCCCCUGCGGGAGGAGGAAAAUCUCUCCCUGUUCCAAAGCGAAAAGUAGAAGUCGUGUCACCAGCACCGGUUCCACCAGCACCGGAGACCACGCAAGCCUCAGUAUUCCCACAGAAUGGAGCUGCACGCAGGCCUACUGCCCCUGCUGUACCUUCAGGACGCAAGCGGAAAUCAAACUGCCUAAGUGCAGACGAGGAUUCUCAAGACAGCUCAGAUGGAAUUCCUUCAGCGCCUCGCAUGACCGGUAGCUUGGUGUCUGACCGGAGCCAUGAUGACAUCAUAACUCGCAUGAAAAACAUAGAGUGCAUUGAACUAGGCCGACAUCGGCUUAAGCCUUGGUACUUUUCGCCAUACCCACAGGAGCUGACCGUGUUACCUGUCCUCUAUUUAUGCGAAUUCUGCCUUAAGUAUCUAAAAAGUCUUAAAUGUCUACAAAGACACCUGACUAAAUGUAACUUGCGACAUCCCCCGGGAAAUGAAAUCUACAGAAAAGGCACAAUCUCAUUCUUUGAAAUAGACGGACGCAAGAAUAAGAGUUACUCUCAGAAUCUCUGCCUUCUGGCAAAAUGUUUUUUGGACCACAAGACCCUAUACUAUGACACAGACCCCUUUCUCUUUUACAUUAUGACUGAGUAUGACUCCAAGGGGUUUCACAUUGUCGGCUACUUUUCAAAGGAGAAGGAGUCUACAGAGGACUAUAACGUUGCUUGUAUCUUAACACUACCACCUUAUCAAAGGAGAGGAUACGGGAAACUCCUCAUAGAAUUCAGUUAUGAAUUGUCUAAAGUGGAGGGGAAGACUGGUACUCCUGAGAAGCCGCUGUCAGAUUUGGGUCUCCUCUCCUACCGCAGUUACUGGUCUCAGACAAUUUUAGAGAUUUUAAUGGAGCUGAAGACGGAAACCGGGGAGAGGCCACAAAUAACCAUUAAUGAGAUCAGUGAGAUCACCAGUAUUAAAAAGGAAGAUGUCAUCUCUACAUUGCAGUAUCUGAACCUCAUCAAUUACUACAAGGGGCAGUAUAUCCUGACACUCUCAGAAGACAUUGUCGAUGGUCAUGAAAGAGCCAUGCUGAAAAGGAUUCUGAGGAUAGAUUCCAAGUGUCUGCACUUCACGCCAAAGGACUGGAGCAAAAGAGGGAAGUGGUAGACGAAAGAAGGUCACAAGGACUAUCACAGCUAUGACCUAGAACUGUUACAAGCCUUGGCCGGUGCUGCACGAAGAUGCUUUAAACACAAAGCAAAUCUUCAAUUCCUGCUAUUUGUAUUAUGAACACAUUUUUAGUUCUGGAAGUUAUUCAGAAGCAGCAGAUUUUAUUGUAAAGUAUCAGCACCGUAUCAGAUCGGACCGGUGAUGGCAAGAAAACCGAGGUCACCACAAGCCGGGGGGGCAAUGGACACAGGAAAUUCUACUUAAAAAGCACAAUUCUAAACGGAGACAAGUAGAAGGAUGAUCCAAGCUUAUCGUCCGGCCCUUAACCCUUCAGUGCGUAUUGUUGCACCAUUUAGCAAUAUAUAUAAGAGCAUAGCUGUAAGGUAGUGACCUGUAUACAAGGGUCGUCUUAUGCCCAGCACACUCAGUCCAUUUGUUUACCUAGGGAGGAUUUUGUAAAAGUGACUGAACUGGGAAAUGUGACGGCAGGUCACAUGGUGGAAGGAUGAAGAGCGUCCCCGGGGUCAACCACUUCUGUUGCUGUUCAGGGAAGCGUUUUGCAGCAGACUGAACCCAAGAAAUCAGUGUAACAUUCUGUAAAUACAUUUGUUCCAUAGAAGCUGUAUAAAGCCUUUUAAUAAUAGAGA